CGUUUUCACUUGGAAAAGGAAGACUUCCUUGAAUUCCGAGAGUGUCUUAACUCCUCAGAUAUCUUAAGACGCCAAGAUCAACAAUGACUAAGGAUCGGAGUGGCUGAGAAAGCCUUCCUGGAAUUAAAUCCCCAAUGACAAGCAAAGGGAGGGUUGCUUAACGACGAGUGAUUGACGAUAGCUACGUUCCCACAAAAAGCUUGGAGCUACUGUUUGGAGGACGUCAUCUCCACAUGGGUGUGUUUUCCAGCUAACACAGGGAUGAAAAGGAAAACAGCAUUUUCAUGGAACCCAGUGAAACAGAGCAAAAUUUCUCCCUGCGAUCGAUACAAACAUGCUUGCUGCAUCUGUAGGGGAUUCCUUUAUGUUUAUGGUGGCCGGAGAAAUACUAGUUUGAGUGAUUUCUGGAGAUUCAAAAUAGUGAGUAAUGAAUGGGAGGAACUGGAAAAUUCAAAUGAUGGCCCAGAAGAACUGGAAGAGCACACAAUGGUGGAUUAUCAGGAUAUCCUGUAUAUCUUUGGUGGAAUGGUGGAUUCAGGUUUCACACAGAAGAGAAAUCCUCUAUGGAUGUAUGACACAGAUGCAACCAAGUGGAUAGCCUGCCGGUUCGCAGCAGUAGCGGGUGUGGUUCAAGUUCCUGUUAAUCGGAAGGGCCACAGUGCUGUGGUCUACAGGGGCAAUAUGUAUAUAUAUGGGGGAUACAUUGACAUUAAAGGUGCUUCCCAAGAAUUUUGGACCUUUCAUUUUGAUACAAAACAAUGGGCCCCUCUAUCAGCUGCAUCCAGCGGGAGUAGCCCAGGUCCCCGACAUGGUCAUUCUGCUGUGGUUUAUGGCAAUGGCAUGUACUUGUUUGGAGGAUUAAUGGGACUGAGUGAACAGAAGGACUUCUGGAUGUGGGAUUUUAUAGCCACCAACUGGUCCAGUAUCAGGAGAAGCCAGGGACCUCCAAGAGUGGUGGGACAUUCGGCUUUAAUCUUGGAAGAUUCCAUGCUAGUCCUUGGCGGAGGACUUUCUAGCAAUAAGCCAAAUAGUACUUUGUGGCAAUAUCAUUUCCCAUCUCAAAUGUGGAUAAAAUUGCCUAGCCCAGUGGCGCUUUCUUCCAAAGCAUAUCACCAGAUGCUGCCAACUGGAUUUGGUUCCCAAGCGGCUGCUGAUUGCCCACUGAGAUCGCUUGGUUGCUUGAAGUCUAAAGAAAAGCGUUGUUCAAAGCUACUGACUCUUUCUAAACAGCACACCUGUUUCUUUGAGCAUCUUCACGAGGAGCCCAUGUACCAGAUACUCAACAACGAGGGUGGCUCUGACAUAGAAAUGAAAACGUUUUGCCAGUCUUCAAGGGAUUCUCUAGGAUUCACUUCCUAUCAAACCACAUCCAGUGCAGAAUUGAAUUCAGAUCCGGCAGCAGAGUUGCUGUGUGAAGAAAGAACCUCAUAUCUCAACAUUGCCAAGGAACAGGAAUUUGCCACCAUGGAUCUAACAGAUAGAGGGUCAAGCUUGGACACUCUGAAAAAUGAACGUGGAGACAUUUGUGAAUCCUCUGUUGUGAUGCUACUUGUUGGCGGUAAACCUCUGUCCAGUUCGUCUGCAAUCUCAUUUUGGCAAAUUGAACUAAACGGAACUUAAAUACCAGACCACUCUCAAGAGGUAGAAGACAUGCCUAAGCUCAGUGAAGUCAGCAUCUAGAAAGAAUUGCAAUUGUACCAUGAAACCUAAAUUCAAACUUUGUAUGACCACCGAAAUACACGGGAAUCCGUAAAACAUUUAGUGUGAGAUUUUUUCCAUCUCUUUGCUCUGUGAACAACUUGGGUCUGCAGAUGUAGAUGAGGCAGCAUGAAUAGGAAACAGCAACAGCAGCCGUUUGUUGCAUUCAUUUUUUUGUGUGCAUGUGCCAUUUCAAAGCCCUUUGCAAAUUGCCUGUAUAAAGGAUGCAGUGAAAUCAUUCCCAUGACUAAGCUCAGUUCAGCAGCUGCGUUGGCAUGGCAGGCUUACAUGCUAAUGCAAGGAAAACUUAAAACUUAACCAUCAUUUAUUCAGCAAACCCAAUAUUCUGCAUUUGCACUGUAAACUAAUCUUGUGGAUUCUGAUAUAUGUUAGAUUAACAAUUGUUUGGCUAUCUUAACAGGUUAACACAGGUGCUUCCUCUCUAUGAUCUUGAGUUUGCAGUUGAAAUGAUAUUUGAACGGGGGAGGAGGGUGUUUCUUAGCAUAUGCUUAGCUGUUGUACUGUAUUGUUUAAAAUAGCAUUUCCCCUAAAUAUGAAAUUCAUCAGGCUCCUAUAUUAGCUCCUCCAAUACAAGUUAAAGUGCCAGAGCCAUAUAACUUUAUAGAUCUAUAAGAGUAAUUGUGUCUGUUCCAGCACAGUUCAGAGAAUCUUUAUUCACAUCGAAAUAAGGUUCUCCAGUUGUUUUUGUUGUGGCUCUUUCUGACCCUACAACCCAGAGAGUAGCGGCAUGCAGGCAAUUACUUCUGCAUUACAGCACUCUCCUUCCAUAACUUGAAAGUGGCCUAGAAAUAGAUCUCUGAAUAUGAUCAAAAUACAUUCAUCCACUCUAGCCGUAUCAAUUUGCAGUAUUCCAUGCAUUUGUGACGGAUGACAUCAGAUUAAGGUCUCUCUUAAUCUGAUGUCAUCCGUUUUAUCAUAUCCCCUACCAAGUAUGCAACUGCAAGCACAACUUGGCCUUACGCAUGUCACAUACAAAUAAUUCGAUAUCCUGCAGUGAUGCUUCUUGUUUUUUUUUUUUUUUUGUGAAGCUCACACUGCCAAGAAUGCCUAGGCAUGUUUUGUUUCCAAAAUCACAGAAGAAGGAUUUUGGCAAACAGUCAACUAUAUAGAGAAGUUUGGCACUGAGAGUGGAACAUGGGUGGUCAGCUUUUCAGGCCAGGGAGAGGCCAUUUGUGCAGAAUAGAAAAGGGAAAAUGGUUUUCAGUUGGCCUAGUAUUUUACUGAUUUAAUGUCAUUAGUUUAACAUAAAAAAUCCACAUUGGGCUGAGCCUCUCUGUCAUUUCACAGACAUGGCUAUGUAUUUUCUGGGACAAAUUCACUGAUUUAACAUUUUGGAAAUUGGCAAAAUCAUUUAUUUUGCUCCUUAUUUUUAUUUUGCACCAUCACAGUAAUGUCAGAAGUGAUUUUGCUAUUACUCAUUCAACUGCAGUCGUCUUGUUGGAGGAACGCAUGCUGGAGGGGAGAGAGCUGGAGCAUAUCUCGGAGGCGCCAGGCAAGGAUCUUGUGGAGCGCCCGGAGGAUGGUCGAGGCAAUCGAUAUAGGCCUGUAGUCCCCAGGAGACAAUGGAUUCUCCGUCUUCGGUAUAAGGGGCGGCUGUGACUUCUGACGGGGUUAUGGCUGCCAUGAGGGACCACAGGACUGCAGGCUGCUCUGCAGGUACACUAUCGAUUGUGCUCGGUGUCGUGAAUACUGCCGCCCAGUAUUCUUCCAUCUCCGGUGGCACUGGUGCCGGUCCUUUCUACGUGUUUCUCCAGCGUCCGGACAAGACAGUGGAGGCAGCUUCGUAACACCGGAGCUUGUAGUUUUUGAACCUGGGCAUAGUUUGCUCUACGGAAGGACUUAUUGCUCCAUUGGCAGUUCGCUCCAGCAGGCUUGGUCGCCGAUGUCUUCCACGUGUGUGGGAACCAGCUUUUGGCAUGCUGGUUUAGUCGGGCCCUGCACUGCUUUCUGCUAAUCUCUCCGUUCUGAAAGACUCGGGCGAUCUGGGCCAGCUCCUUGGCCCCCAUCUUGGUCUUCUUGAGAUGGUUAGCCACGGCUACCAGGAGGGCGUGUCUCCAUGAGAUAGCAGUAACAAAGCCAGAUCCAUUUGUGGGGGAUGCAACCGGCUGGUGUGGUGUGUAGUGGAGUCUGAUCUCUCUGGGUGGUCUGGUAUACGACAGUGCUCUGUUCUCUCUGGGGGGUCAGUUGCUGGAACCCAAUUGGUCAAUUGAAGAUGCUUUUUAAUCGUUUCAUGCGAUCGACCCAGGAAAUAGGGUGCAAGGAGGGUGAACAGUACUGUUUUUAUCAUUCCCCUCUCCCAGUGUCUGUCUGCAUGCUUUUAGUGCUUCAUCCUCCUCCUGGGUCAGUGCCAGGCGUUUGGUGGGAAGGGCUGGUACGCGCUUGGUGUUCACCUUUGCCGGGUGGCGGUGUAAUUGGUGUUGGUUGAGGCCCCUUUUACUUUUAAAUUGGGAACACAGAAGCACGGGAAGUUAUGGUUGUCCAUUCUGUGUUGACUAUUGGUGUUCUUGUCUGUUACUGGUGUUCAUAAUUCCGGGGGGAUUAGGACUGAUUCUAUAUUAAGGCUAGUAUCUAGUAACAGGCCCUCCACAAAGCAGUUAGACCUGUGGAGGGCUGGCUUGGAUCUUAGUUCUGGCACUUAAAGUGCCAUAUCCAGCAGUCACCACUAGGAGGUGCCAAGCCUGUAGCUACGUCCCUUUUAAGAGUCAUAGUUACUUCCAACUGCAGUCUAUACGAAAUACGUUACACGUUGAGAAAAUGAUCCCUUGAAAGUUACCCUUUCUUAAUUUUUGAGAGGGGAAAAAGUAUAUACAGCAUCAGGAAAAGCCUGCAUGGUGCCUUUUUGAGAAUGCUUUUUUUUUUUUUUAAAGAAAAUGUUUUAUAUGCUACGAAAGUUAUUUAUUAAUUAUAUUUUUAUACUGCCUGAAUCUUUAUACCCGGGCUAAACUAUAUUAGUUUAAUUUUGUAAAUAUGUUAUUCACUGUGAUUUUAAUUACUUUGUCAAUAAUAAUAAUAUGUAUUUCUGAUUUUUUAAAAUGGCGGCAUAUUGAGGGGGGGGGAGGGGAAGCCAAAACAUAAACUUGCUGAAUGAUUUGCAUGAUUGGCUGAAGAUGACUGAACACUUGAUAUGUUGUAAGACACAUUUCCUGGGGCAUUGCAGCUGGGAAACAAGAGGAGUUGUUGAUUCUUCAUUUGUAUGCUGAUUGUUCCCAUUAGGGAUGAAAAGUCAAAUAUGCGGCCCUCCUUUCCCCUCCCCAUUGCAGCUAUUUUUGUUAACAUUCGCUUAUAUGUUAUCACCAGGAAGUAGAAAUGUAGGGUCACUUCUGCUGCAAAAAGCAGGAUAUCACUCCAAACCAGGAUAUCCUUAAGGAAACAGACGAUUUUGUCAGCGUUCUGAAAUACAUGGAUCAGCAGCUAAGAGCAUUGUUUUGCUAGAAGAAAAAACACUUAAGCAGACAUUUUGUACAAUUGCGUUGUAUUUAGAAAUAAACUACAACUUUUAUGAUUGA